AUGAGCCGGCGUCGCAAGCACGUGCGCAACCUCGUGGACGAGGCGCUGCCCGAGCUCACCGAGGGCGACGAGGUCUGCAGGGUGACCGAGCUGCGGGGCGGCAACCAGGUCGAGGUCGAGAAGGCGGACGGCGCGUCGACGCUUAUUCGCAUCCCCGCCAAGUUCUCGAAGGUGCUGUGGGUGCGCAAGGGCACGCACGUCCUCGCGCACAUCGAGCCGAACCUCCCGGACGACGUCAAGGUGACGGGGGAGUUGCUCAGGGUGUUGUACAAGGCUCAGAUCCGAGAGAUGAGGAAGGACGGGACGUGGCCGCGAGCGUUCGACGAUUUAAACGACGACGCGAUGGACGACGACGUCGCGGACGGCGGGGGGGCGCACGGGGUGGACGUCCAGCGGGGAGCGUUGGAGGGGCUGUCCAUCGGGGCCGAUGGGAGCGGCGGGGGGGACGAUUGGAGCGACGACGACGACGACGAUUUGCCGCCGCUCGCCGAGAACCGGAAUAGGAGGCCGCUCCGAAGGGAGGUACAGUCCAGCUCCGAGAGCGAGGACGGGGAGGAGAACACAGAGGGCGACGACAGCUCCGACGAGGAGUGA